AUGUUGAAUUCAACGCGUCGAAGACGUGCCGCUGAUCAUCCACGGUCUCAAUCAUUGGACGAGCUGGAAGCUAAUCGUGCUAGAGCAAUUGCUGAGCGUGAAGGCAAUAUUACUUCACAAUGCGGAAGCUGUAGUCAAGAUAGCGGAUGUAAGGCAGAAGGCUGCGCUCUGCGGAAGCGAGGUUGCGAAGAUGGUUGCACAAAAUGUCAAAGCUCCACUCAACCCAAUCAAAAUGGAUGCACAAUGAAGCGAGAAUGUCACGGUGGAUGUCGCGAUAAGUGCGCUCGGCCCGCUAGGCUGAGAUUCCGGCAACACAAGCCUAAAGAAGACUUCAAGUGGAAAUCGAUCAAUGAACUGCGUGCCGACGAGUAUAAAGAGCGGUUACGACUGGUUGUUGAGGAGCAAAAUGCAAGAGAAGAUGCGGAAAGAAACAAAUUUGGUCCACCACCGCCUCCAGCUAUCAUUUCCCUGGUCUCCUCCACCCCGUGGGCGCCAAAUGUUCAUGUCAAGGAGCCGAAGGAACUGUCGUAUGAGGCGUGGUCGAAGGAAGAGGAACACUUUGCGCCGAAACGAAACGGAAGCCAGCUAAAAAAGCGCUCAGAAGGUAACUUUGAGAUCGUUGUGUUGGUGCUUUUUUAUUCUUAUUUCAGCAUCGUCCUCAUUACUGUCCUGGCUUUUGUGUAA